AUAAUAACUUCAAAUCACAGAUGUAGAGAGAGGGAGAGAGGAGAUUUAUUACUUCAUUUUUGCAUCAAAUUCGAAGACAAAGAAGAAGCUGAGAAUAAUUAUGAAAGUGGCUCAAAAUAUAGUGUUCCUAUUCAAAGAUUCCGAUGGAUUCGCUUCUGCUGUCGCUAAUGCUCUCUGUCCUAGCCCUAACACUUCUUUUCACCGACUAGAAGAGACAUUCGAGCUAUCACUGGGAAAAUAUGGAAUCAAAGAUCUUAAAGCGAUUGGUAAUCUCAUUCAUUUUGUUGACAGUGGUGGCAAUUAUCAGGUCUCAGUGUUGCUUCUGGAGAAGUAUGAGCCACCGACUUUAGUGUGUGCUGUCAGCGAAGUUUUGACUCAAAUGGUUGAAUCCUCAUUAAGCAUACCAGCAUUAAUAGUGCCAUUUGUUGGGAUGGCAUCAAAACUUAAACACGAGACCAGCGCAACUAGUAAUGAUGGCAGAGCUUCAUUCUAUGGCGUUCAAAUAGGUCCAGAAACAGAUAUAACCAGUGCCAUCGUAAGGAGAACCAAAAAGCCACCAUCUUCGCUGCAAAUUCAUUUUGAACCUUUGGCCUGCUUUCUUCAGGUGGUUCGCAUCUUGAAAUUGCCGACUACACUUCUUUUUGGAAGGCUUUCAGAUAAAGCUGCUGGAAAAGAGCUUGAGUUGAUUUUCCAGAUACUAUCUGAAAUGGGAGAGCUUUUGGCAAGCACCAUGUCCUUGAGCUUCUCGAGGGAAAAAAUCACAUGGAAUCCAGCAGCAAACACAUCAAAGGAUAUUAAAGAGCCAUGGCGAGCAUUGUAUGGUUGAAGUCCCGAAAAAUUUUGAAUUCAUCAUCUUCUGUGUUGCUAUAGUUUGUAGAGACACCAGAAACCAACUCAUCAAGCUGUUCGUCUUAAUGUAAUUUCAUACAUUAUACAUAUAUGAAAUUGGAACUAGCCUAGCAGGCAUUUGAUGUGCCUAA